AGUCUCUGGAGGAUCUGCCCCCGGCCGCCAUGAUGGAGGCUCCCCUCAUGUGACUUGACGUUAUCACAGGUUAUUGACUACAUCCCCUGUGCAAAGCUGUGUUCCGCCCCUUUCUGCUCUGGUCACAUGACAGUGACGUCACCGCAGGUCCUUCCGCUCUCUAUGCCCAUGGAGAAGCUGCCCCCGGCCGCCAUGAUGGAGGCUCCCCUCCCAGAAAAUUCCUGUGAGAAGCCUGAAGGAAACAUCAUCAUGUUAUCUCUAGAUUAUAAAGAAGAUGAAGACACCAGGCAGCGCUCUUCAGAAGAAAACUUCAUUACCUGUAAUGUACAUCCAGGACUUCACAAUGCAGAGCCAUCAAAUAAUUCUACUGAUCAAUCACAGAUUAUUACCCCAAAUAUAAGGCAGAAACAGAGUAAAAUGUUUAAUUGUGAGGAACGUGGAAAACAGUUCAGAUGUAAGUCAGAGCUUUCUGUACACAGAAGCAGUCACAAAGGAGAGAAGCCGUAUUCAUGUUCGGAAUGUGGGAAAUGCUUUGUCAGGAAAUCAAAUCUUAAUCAACAUAAGAUAAUUCACACAGGAGAGAAGCCAUAUUCAUGUUCAGAAUGUGGGAAAUGUUUUACACAAAAAAUAUUUCUUACUACACAUCUGAGAAUUCACACAGGAGAAAAGCCAUAUUCAUGUUCAGAAUGUGAAAAAUGUUUCACACAUAAAAAAAGUCUUACUACACAUCUCCGAAUUCACACAGGAGAGAAGCCAUAUUCAUGUUCAGAAUGUGGGAAAUGCUUUACCCAAAAAGAAAGCCUUGAUCAACAUAAAAGAAUUCACACAGGAGAGAAGCCAUAUUCAUGUUCAGAAUGUGACAAAUGUUUCACACAUAAAAAAAGUCUUGCUAAACAUCUCAGAAUUCACACAGGAGAGAAGCCGUAUUCAUGUUCAGAAUGUGGGAAAUGCUUUAACAGAAAAUCAAGCCUUAAUGUACAUAAAAUAAUUCACACAGGAGAGAAGCCAUAUUCAUGUUCAGAGUGUGGUAAAUGUUUUACAGAUAGAUCAUCUCUGCUUGCACAUCAGAGAAUUCACACAGGUGAGAAGCCACAUUCAUGUUCAGAAUGUGGGAAAUGCUUUAACCGAAAAUCAAGCCUUAAUGUACAUAAAAUAAUUCACACAGGAGAGAAGCCAUAUUCAUGUUCAGAGUGUGGUAAAUGUUUUACAUAUAGAUCAUAUCUGCUUGCACAUCAGAGAAUUCACAUAGGAGAGAAGCCACAUUCAUGUUCAGAAUGUGGGAAAGGCUUUAACCGUAAAUCAAGCCUUGAUCUACAUAAAAGAAUUCACACAAGAGAGAAGACAUGUUGA